CAGCGGCAGUGGCGGCGGCAGCGGCGGCUGGAGCCUCUGAUUGGGUUUCGGAGUCCGGUAGUGGAGCCAAUCAGCGCGGGCAGCGAACCGGGGGAGCGAGGCACGGAGUGCAUCUCGCAGUCUUCUAGUGAAACUCACUGUGUGCAGGAUUCUAACUUGGAGGGACCAUGGAGCAGUAUACAGCAAACAGCAAUAGUUCGACAGAGCAGAUUGUUGUACAGGCUGGACAGAUUCAGCAGCAGCAGCAGGGUGGUGUCACUGCUGUCCAGUUGCAGACUGAGGCCCAGGUGGCAUCCGCCUCAGGCCAGCAAGUCCAGACCCUCCAGGUAGUCCAGGGGCAGCCAUUAAUGGUGCAGGUCAGUGGAGGCCAGUUAAUUACAUCAACUGGCCAACCCAUCAUGGUCCAGGCUGUCCCUGGUGGACAAGGUCAAACCAUCAUGCAAGUACCUGUAUCUGGGACACAGGGUUUGCAGCAGAUACAGUUGGUCCCACCUGGGCAGAUCCAGAUCCAGGGUGGGCAGGCUGUGCAGGUGCAGGGCCAGCAGGGCCAAACCCAGCAGAUCAUCAUCCAGCAGCCCCAGACAGCUGUCACCGCUGGCCAGACCCAGACGCAGCAGCAGAUUGCUGUCCAGGGGCAGCAAGUGGCACAGACUGCUGAAGGGCAGACCAUCGUUUAUCAGCCAGUUAAUGCAGAUGGCACCAUUCUCCAGCAAGUUACAGUCCCUGUUUCAGGCAUGAUCACCAUCCCAGCAGCCAGUUUGGCAGGAGCACAGAUUGUUCAGACAGGAGCCAACACCAAUACAACCAGCAGUGGACAAGGGACUGUCACUGUGACACUACCAGUGGCAGGCAAUGUGGUCAAUUCAGGAGGAAUGGUCAUGAUGGUGCCUGGAGCUGGCUCUGUGCCCGCUAUCCAAAGAAUCCCUCUGCCUGGGGCAGAGAUGCUCGAAGAAGAGCCUCUCUAUGUGAACGCCAAACAGUACCACCGCAUACUGAAGAGGAGGCAAGCCCGAGCCAAGCUAGAGGCAGAAGGGAAAAUUCCAAAGGAAAGAAGAAAAUAUCUGCAUGAAUCUCGGCACCGUCACGCCAUGGCACGGAAACGUGGUGAAGGUGGACGAUUUUUCUCUCCAAAGGAGAAGGAUAGCCCUCAUAUGCAGGAUCCAAACCAAGCAGAUGAAGAAGCAAUGACACAGAUCAUCCGCGUGUCCUAACCCCAGGCCAUGUGAUGGAGUUGAUCGAGGUCAUGUUCUUCGCCACUGUUCCAGGAUAUUGAUCAUUUCUUCCGAUGGGACACUGAUGAUCAAAUUCUGCCCUUUUCUACAGGACAGAAACCCACUUAGUUUUUAAUAAGUGGCUCAGUAUUAUAAUUGCAGCAGUGUCUGGCAAAUUGAAGUUGCAAGGCUUUGUCUCAACUUUUGAGUCAGGACCUAUUUUAGACUGUUGAAGACAUUGACAUUUCAUGGAUUAGGAUGAUGCAAGGGACUCCAGCCCAGCAGUACCCCACACAGCACUUAGAUGUUGACUGGUGAAGCCAGCCAGCUGUCUCAGCGGGGAAGAACAACCUUCUCAAGCUAAACUGCAAGCAGGGAAGCUGCAGCCCACUCCUUCCCAUGGAAUCUAAACACCAUCCAUCCCUCUGACAAGGGAUCUCAGACUAAGUGAAUGGACACUUUGUAUUCAGAGAUGACUUCCAGGCAUGGAAGUUCUGUCUCAUAAUAUGGAAUAAUAAAUUCUCUGAGAUACAUUCAUCUAAUCUGUGGUAAUAAGAAUUUCUGUCUGCCCAGAUGAUAGGUUGGUAUUUUUGGACUCUGGCCAAUAAAAAGCUAUUUCUGGGGAUAGAAUAAUAAAAGAAUCAAGCACUAAAAACAGUAAUUGCUGAAUCAUUUUUAGCCAUGAUCACUUGUGGUCUGCUUGUUCAUCUUUUGACAGGUCAGCUGAACCAUAGUUCUUACUAUGGCUACUUUUAAGACAAUUUAGAAGGUAUUGGACCUUGAAACUUCCUUUCCUAAGUAGAGAACAAAACAAUACAACAGCUGUGCUGGAGUGCUGAGGACAUUUGUAGUAACUCCUAAACAGAGAGGCAAACUAGAGAUUUUCAGUCAUAGGCUUGAUGACAGCAUUUGGAAAAUAGAAGGGUUUAUAAUGUGUUUCAGUCUAGAAGAAGAGAGAGAGUAGUAUAUAUACCCAUGUGUUGUCAUAUAGCAUGAUUCUUUUAGUGGAUGGAUGUCUGGGAUGGAUCAUUAAGAUGAAGAGAAUCAUUUACAUUUACACUAUAACCUUUUAACAAUGGAAGGGAGAAGUCUGAGAUUUGGUCCUGGACAGUUUCUGGAAAGCAGUGUUCAAUAAAGCUGCCCUGGAUUUUCUCCAGGUUACCUGCUAGAGCUUAAGGUAGAUGUUGGCUUCACUCCUGCAGCUCUUUGUGCUGCCCCAGAAAAUGUACAUUGUCGUUCUACCUAUGGCAGCUGACUUUUUGGUGCCAGUUUCUGUUUGCUUCCCCCCUUUCUGCAUAAGUCUUGUGCAAGCAAGUUUUCAUAUUACAUCCACAUUCUGGGGACAAAUUACAGAUUGAAAGUAGAGAUUCCUGCAGUGUAAGUUACUGGGCCACAGUUCCCAGAAUGGACUGUGCCUCAUUUCUUUUCUGGGUGUUGAACCCUGGUAGCAGUAAGAUGAUAUUUCAGAAGAGUUUCUGCCACUCUGGAAACAAGGAAAGCUUAAUUCUUUUGAGGAACAUUUGGGUUUGACUUAGAUACCAAUAGUAAAGACUGACUUUUUUUUUUUUUUUUAAUUUUACUCUAAUUAAGAGGAAAAAAAUUAACUCUAAAGAAAACAUUACAAAGGGAAAGCAUUGUAAUAGUAGAAAUAGCAACAGAACUAUGCAAAGGAAGCAGGAAGUGAAUUAUUUUCCUAGUUCUGGAAUCGAAUCAUCUGGCUUUUAAAUGUGGGGGUGUUGAUUCUUUGGUGAGCUCACUAGAAACUUCUUGCUCCUUACAUGAAUUUUAGAUGUUAACUUUAUCCAGUAAUCCCCAAAUUUUUCAGAUGAUACAUUACUAAAACCAAAUGAGGAAUUUGUAUCCCUUGGUUUGUUUAGGAAUCUUUAAUAUGCAGAGUUCAGAAGGAGAUUCCUCAGACCUAAUUUCAAGUACUUAUGCUGAAAGCAAUUCUAAAAUGCUAUUUAUUUGUGUCUGUAAGUUUGUACAUAGUAAUUCGAACCUCGUUAUUUUUUUCAUGCAUUUGAGUUUUGUUUAAAAUGAAAUGCUUCAGUUGUCAUUUUUGUCAUUGCAUUUCAGCUAACUCAUAGCUCUUUUAUUGUGAUCAUUUUAGCACACCAUUUAUAACCCACAAAGUCAGGGGGUUUAGGUUUGUGUUUUUAUUUGUUGCUAGAAGUUCUUUUAUUCAUUUUUCCUUGUGACUGUAGUGAUGACUUCUAGAUGCAGAAAGAGUGAAUGGAUGAGUGAAUAAUUGGUUUAAUGCAGCUAUUUUCAC